AUGUCGUCGGGAGUGGAGAAAAGGCUGGACAGCCGAAGGAAAAAGUUGGAAUUCAUGGUCAGAGACCUGAAGUCAGCGUUAAACUUGGAGAGUUUACUGGUCCGUCACAAGGCAUCUCAGAAGGUGUACGCCAUGAAAAAGCUGAGCAAGUUUGAGACGAUCAAGCGCUCUGACUCUGCCUUCUUCUGGGAGGAGAGAGACAUCAUGGCUUUCUCCAACAGCCCCUGGGUCAUCCAGCUGUGCUGUGCUUUCCAAGAUGACCGCCACCUUUACAUGGUUAUGGAGUAUAUGCCCGGUGGAGACCUGGUCACCUUGACCAUGAACUAUGACAUGCCAGAGAAAUGGGCCCGAUUCUACACUGCCGAGGUGGUGCUGGCUCUAGAUACCAUACACUCUAUGGGUUUCAUCCACUGUGACGUGAAACCAGACAACAUACUGCUGGACCAAAAUGGCCACCUCAAGCUGGCUGACUUCGGCACCUGCAUGAAGAUGGACUCGACGGGCAUGGUCCGCUGUGACAUGGCGGCGGGGACUCCGGACUACAUCUCCCCCGAGGUCCUCAAGUCUCAGGGGGGCGACGGCUACUAUGGCCGCGAGUGUAACUGGUGGUCUGUGGGGGUCUUCAUUUUUGAGAUGCUGGUCGGUGACACCCCAUUUUAUGCCGAGUCACUGGUAGGAACGUACGGGAAGGUCAUGGAUCACAAGAAUAACCUUAACUUCCCAGACGAUGUGCAGAUGUCCAACGAUGCCAAGGACCUCAUCUGUGCCUUCCUGUCUGACAGGGAGGUGCGUCUGGGGAGGAACGGCGUGGAGGAGAUGAAGAGACAUGGCCAGUGGACCUUCCACACCAUCCGACAGACCGUGGCCCCAGUAGUACCAGAGCUGAGCAGUGACAUAGACACCAGUAACUUUGACGAGAUUAAGGAUGACAAAGGCGACGUGGAGACCUUUCCCACACCAAGGGCCUUUGUGGGCAACCAGCUGCCAUUCGUGGGCUUCACCUACUUCAAGGAAGACCAGCUGCUGAGAGGUGGGAAUAAAGGGAUAUUUGUGGAGGACUAUAAAGACUGUAAGGAUAGCUCUGAGGAAAAAGAGGACAGCAUCAAAGGAGAGCUACAAAAUAAACUCCGUUGUCUGGAGGAGCAGCUCAACCAUGAGAUGCAGGCCAAAGACGACCUGGAGCACAAGUGCAAGACUACCACUAGCCGUCUAGAGAAGCUGGUCAACGAGAUCGACGAGGAGAUGAACAGCAGGCAGAGAGUGGAGUCAUCGCUGAGGCAGCUGGAGAGAGAGAGGGCCCUGCUGCAGCACCAGAGUGCUGAGAACCUCCGCAGGGUGGAGCUGGAGGCAGACAGGAAACGCAGCCUCGAGAAUGAGCUAAACAGCCUGCGGGACCAGCUUGAAGAGCUGAAGAAGAGGAACCAGAACUCUCAGAUCUCCAAUGAGAAGAACAUCCACCUGCAGAGACAGCUGGAGGAGGCGACAGCGGUGCUGGCCGAGGAGCAGGAGGCGUCGGGGCGGCUGCGGAGGAGCCAGUCAGAGGCCCAGAAGCAGGCCCAGGCCCUGGAGUUCAACCUCAGGGAGCUGGUGGACAACUGCACCCAGCUGGAGAAUGCCAAGAUGGGCCUGGAGCAGCAGCUGAUGGGUCUGCAGGCCGACCUGGAGGCCGAGAGGCGGGACCGCAGCCUAGGGACAGAGAUUAUACUGGACCUGCAGGGGCAUAUCCAGGGUCUGGAGGAGGAGGUGAAGCUUGUGAAGGGGUCUCUCUCCAAUUCACAGAUGGAGAAGAAGCAGCUACAGCAUAGGCUCACUGACAUGGAAAAGGAGAAGAGCAACCAGGAGAUUGACCUGGCGUUCAAGCACAAGUCACUGCAGCAGAGCUUUGACAUGGAGCGGGCAGAGCACAAGGCCACCAAGACACACCUGGCCGACAAGAACCAGAUCUACGAGUCCAUCGAAGAAGCCAAGUCUGAGGCCCUGAAUGGGACGGAGCGGACGCUGCAGGAGGAGCGGAGCUACAAGCUGCAGUUGGAGUCCAGAUUGCUGCACCUGGAGAAGGAGUACUCCAUGCUGGACUGUGACUACAAGCAGGCUGAGCACAAACUGGACGAGCUGCGCACGCACAAGGACAAACUCGCUGAGGAGGUGAAAACCCUGAGCCUGUGUAUGGAGCAGGAGGAGCAAAAGCGCAUGUUGAGCCAGAAUGACCUGAAUGCCCAGACCCAGCAGGUGACUGCCCUGUGCUCCUCGGAGAAGCAGCUGAAGCAGGAGCUCAACCACCUGCUAGACAUGAAGCACAGCCUGGAGAAACAGAACCAGGAGCUACGCAGGGAGAGACAGGAGACUGACGGACAGCUGAAGGAGAUGAAGGACCAGCUGGAGGCAGAACAGUAUUUCACGACCCUGUACAAGACCCAGAUCCGGGAGCUGAAGGAGGAGUGUGAUGAGAGGAACAAGCUGUAUAAGGACAUUCUGCAGAGACUGGAGGAGUACCAGGAGGAGAGGGAUUCCCUGGCAGCACAGCUGGGGGUGAGCCUGACCAAGGUGGACUCUGAACAGCUAGCGCGCUCCAUCGCCGAGGAGAAGUACUCCGAUCUGGAGAAGGAGAAGAUCAUGAAAAAGCUGGAGAUCAAGGACAUGAUGGCCCAACACAGGCAGGAGCUAGGGGACAAGGAGGCCACCAUCGGCUCGUUGGAGGAGUCCAACCGCACCCUGACCGUAGACGUGGCCAACCUAGCCAAUGAGAAAGAGGAGCUCAAUAACCAACUGAAGGAGAUGCAGCAACAGCUCCAGAAGGCCAGGGAGGAUGAGAGACAUAUGAACAGCGUGAAGAUGUCCUUUGAGAAGAAUCUGCAGACGGAGAGAACGCUUAAGAUACAGGCGGUCAACAAGCUGUCUGAAAUCAUGAACCGGAGGGAGUCGAUGCGUACGGGUCACCGCCACGACGACACCCUGGACAUGCGCAGGAAGGAGAAGGAGAACAGGAAGCUACAGCUGGAGCUGAGGUCGGAGAAGGAGAAACUGAACAGCACCAUCAUCAAGUACCAAAGAGAGAUAAACGAUAUGCAGGCGGUGUUAUCAGACGAGAGCCAGGUACGCAUGGAGCUCCAGAUGGCCUUGGACAGUAAGGACAGUGACAUUGAGCAGCUGCGCUGUCAGCUGACCUCUCUGAGCAUCCACUCUAUGGACUCCACCAGCGUCAGCAGCAGUAACGACAUGGAUGACUGCGGUUACCCAGAUACCAGGCUGGAGGGCUGGCUAUCACUUCCUGUGAAGAGCACCAAGAGAUUUGGAUGGGAUAGAAGGUACGUGGUGGUAAGCAGUAAGAAGAUCUUGUUCUACAAUAGUGAGAUGGACCGAGAGCAGUCCAACCCCUACAUGAUCCUAGACAUUGAUAAGCUGUUCCACGUCCGACCAGUCACUCAAACAGAUGUGUACCGUGCUGACACCAAAGAAAUCCCCAGGAUAUUCCAGAUCCUUUACGCCAAUGAGGGCGAGAGCAAGCGGGAGCAGGAAUUUGCGGCGGAGCCGCUGGCGCUGGCGGGCGAGCGCUCGUCCUACGUCACGCACAAGGGUCACGAGUUUAUCCCCACUCUCUACCACCUGCCAUCGAGCUGUGAGGCGUGCACGCGGCCCCUGUGGAACGUGUUCAAGCCGCCGCCCGCGCUGGAGUGCCGCCGCUGCCACACCAAGUGCCACAAGGACCACUUAGACCAGAAUGAGGAGGCUAUCGCCCCCUGCAGGGUGAACUACGACAUAUCCACGGCCAAAGACCUACUCCUAUUGGCCGGCUCUCAGGAGGAGCAGCAGCGAUGGGUCAGCCGGCUAAUCAGACGCAUCCCGAGGAAACACCCUGGACCCGCCUCCGUGGCCCAAGCCCCCGAACCAUCUUCCCACUCCUCCCCCCGACUCUCCCCUGGCGCCUCCCCCCGCAACUCUCCAAGCCUGUCCCCCCAUCGCGGAGCCAUCAAGGUCCAGCCCAGUCGCCAGCAGACUCAGCCUGCAGGGAAGCCCAGGUAA